AUGGAAGCUUUUAAACAAUUUACAGACUGGGCUCUGGCUCGGGGAGUUACGCUCGAUGGAAUUUCGACACACAAAUUUCCCGGUAAGGGAUUCGGGUUUACCGCAGACAAAACACUUGAGAUUGGAGAAAUAGUAUUAUUCGCUCCUGUCUCUAUUCUGCGAACAGCCCAUACCGUUCCCAAGAGCAUCUCUAAACGUAUUGGUAAAAUUAGCGUCAACGGACUUCUGGCUGCUGAGCUUGCUAUGGACACAUCGGGUUUCUACGCUCCGUGGCGAGGUGCCCUACCUACAAAGCAAGAAAUUGAAGAUUCGAUACCGUUCAUGUGGCACCCUUCGCUCCAAGAGCUUCUCCCAUCCGCAUCGUUAUCCCUCCUGGAAAAGCAGAAAGAAAAACUAUCCUCGGACUGGGCCGCUGUCUCUGCUGCCUUCUCCGCACUAUCUUAUGAAGUCUAUGUAUAUCAUUGGUUCAUUGUCGGCACCCGAACGUUUUAUUAUACUUCGCAAAAAUUAACAAACAUCAAUCAUGAUGAUUGCCUGGCUCUCAUCCCUCUCGCUGAUGUAUUCAACCAUGCCGAUGUUGGUUGCGAAGUCACCUUCUCGCCCUCCGGCUACCACAUCCGAACCGACCGACGAAUUGAGAAGGGUGAGGAGAUUUGUAUAAGUUAUGGGAAUCAUAGCAAUGAUUUCCUGCUUGCUGAAUAUGGGUUUAUUCUUGUCGAAAACAAAUGGGAUGAGAUCGUCCUUGAUGAGAUUAUCUUACCACUAUUCUCAGAGGAGCAGUUACGGGAAUUGAACGAGGCCCGCUUUUGCGGAAAAUUCGCUUUGAGCAAAGAUGUUGUUUGUUACCGCACGCAAGUUGCUGUACGGUUGCUAUGUAUGCCGGUCAAGAGAUGGCGACAUUUGGUGGCAAAUGGUUUAGGGGAUGAUGAGGAUGAGUAUCAAGCGAAUGUGGACAGGAUACUGAUGGAUGCUUUAAACCCAUUGUUGAAUGUCGCUUGCGAAAAGAUCAAGCAGGUGGAUGCACUCCACUGUGGCCUCAAGAGCCAAAAGGAGAUAUUACGCACACGAUGGAAGCAGAUACACCUACUGUUGACGACCUUUAUGUCCAAGUUGGAAAGCAACACUUGA